AUCCAUCAAGACCCCCAGGUCCUUCUCCACAGCACUGCUCUCAAGGCCUGCUCCUUGCAGUCUGUAUGGGAUUCCUCCGGCCCAAGUGCAAAACUGCACAAAGACAAAGAGACCCGUCCCGUCCCGUUUCGUAUCUUUAUUGCCCAGUUCUGUGCCGAGCUCUGCUGCUCCAGCGUGCCAUAAUGGUCACUUCGGAAGCCUCUGAGCACACUCAGUGUAAGGAGAUAGGGCUGCAUGGAUGGCUUUGCUUCCUUCCCUUUGGAGGACAGCUGCAGGGACGCAGCAGUGCCCGCCUCUGGGGAGACGGCGCCGAACGAGAGCCAGCUGGGAGAGAAAAGCCGCAGCGCAGUCAGCGCCCGGGAGGAGCGGCGAGCGCGGGAAGCGGGGCGGCGCUCCGGGCGCUGGGACGGCGGGAGGCGGCGGGCGCGCUGUGCGAGCUGGGAAGGAGGGCUGCGAUUGGAGCCGGGUGAGGGGAACGGAGGCACGGUCACUGCUACGCAGCUCGUAACAGUCAGAGAGCCCCAGAGGAGCGCAUCCCUUCCUGCCCGGCCUCGGCCUGCCCCCUCCUCGGCUUCCAGCUGUCCCUACAGACAAAGCCGGUCUCUGACAGCGAGGACCCGCGGCGCGGGCCGAACGGCCACGAUCGUCCGCGGCACGACGUUCUCAGAGGCGGCGCACGAGCUCCCCCUGCCGGCAGCGCCCCGAACUGCGGGCCGCGCUGAGGGAGCGCCAGAGCACCUUCCGGCCCGCCCUGACACCGCCGGCCCGCCAGCCAAUAGCCGCCAAGCUCCGCUCCUACGUUCCGCCUCCGGCGCCCGCUCGGCCAAUGGCGGCGAAGCGCGCUCGGGGGGCUCUGCCCGGCGCCGUGCCGUUACCGCACAGCCGGCGUGGGGCGGCCCGUGCGCGGCGAGGGGGCCGGGCCGAGCCCCGACGGUAACUCCCGUAUUUACGGAGCCGCUGCGUACGCUCGCUGUCGCGGGGCGGUGCCGCGUGCAUUGCGUUGCUCCUCCUCCUGCUCCGCCCCUCCGGGGCCGCACAUGUGCUCACCCGCCGCCGGGCCGCCGCGCACUCGGAGAGGCGGUCGCCGUCUGCGCGGGGCGCGAUGGGCUCCGUGCCGGAGCUGCCCGGCCCCGGGGCCGCCGUCUCGCUGCAGGUCCGGGCCGUGGACGUGCGGCCGACGGCGCCCGUGGUGCGGCUGUGGGGAGCGCUGGGCGAGCGCCGCGCGGAGCGCGUCCGGCUGUGCGCCGACGUCCGGGCGGCCGCGGGGAGCGAGCGCGGAGCCGGGCGGCCGGCGGGAGGCGCGGAGCUUCGCGCCGGGGAGCUGGGGCUGGUGGAGCUGGCCGGGCUGUGGCACCGCUGCCGGGUGCUGAGCCUCCGCGGCCGCGGCCGCCGCGUGUUCCUGCUGGACGAGGGCCGCGCGGUGACGGUGUCCGCCGACUACCUGGCGCGGGGCGGCCCGGAGCUGUUCCGCCCGCCGCCCGAGGCGCUGGGCUGCGUGGUGGCCGACCUGGUGCCGCCCGGGAGCCCCGCGGCCGGGGCGUGCGGAGACGCGCCGAGCGGCGCCUGGACGGAGGAGGCGAUGGAGCUGCUGCGCUGCCUGCACGGCAAGGAGCUGCCCGGCCUGGUGCGGGAGCUGCUGGUGCCGCAGCGGCUGCUGGUGCUCGAGCUGCCCCCGCUCGUGGCGCAGAUGCGGCGGCUGGGCCUGGCCGGCCACGUGUCUCCCGCCGCCUUCUGCCGGCUGCUGCGGCGCUGCCUGCUGCGCGAGGCCGAAAGCGGCGCCUCCGUUCCGGCUCAGCCGCGCGGCGGCGAAGGAGACCCGCCGCUCCCGUGCAGGCGGAGCUACGAGGAAAUGCGGCCCGGUUCCGCCUACGGGGGUCAGCUGGAAGUGGGAUGUACGGUCGACGUGGUUGUGACGUGUGCUGAAAACCCCGGUUAUUUCUGGUGCCAGCUGAAGAAGUGCGGUGAGUUCGUUGCGUUGAUGGCUGAAAUCCAGGAGCACUGCGAGAGCUCGUCCCGGCCGCACGCCUGGCCGCAGGCGGCGUGCUUAGCGCGGUACGCGGAGGACGAACGCUGGUACAGGGCUCUGAUUGUCAGCGAUGUCACUUCUGCGGGCGAAGUCGAGGUCAUGUACGUGGACUAUGGCAACAGGGAGCUGGUGUCCCUAGCGAGUCUCCGCUCCAUUAGCGAGCGCUUCCUUGAGCUGAAGGCCCAGGCCUUCAGGUGCAGCCUUUACAACCUCAUCCACCCUCGCGGUCAGGACCCGUUUGUUUGGGAUGAAGCUGCGAUCCUGGCUUUCCGGGAGUUUGUCGACGCCUCCUCGAAUCAGUUUGAACUGCAGUGCACCAUAUUUGCCUUGGCUUCGAGGAACAACAGGGAGCUGUUCAACAUCGUGGAUUUAAUGACGCCCUUCCAGAGCGCGUGCCAAUUUCUGACAGACAGAGGUGUGGCCGAGCGCCUGCCGCCUCAGACGCCUCUGGCAGCCUCUGUUCAGCUGCAUUCUUUCUAUUAUUCCAUGCACGACAUCAAAAUCGGGAGUGAAGAAGACGUUUUUAUUACGCACGUUGUUGAUCCUCAGACAUUUUACUGCCAGCUUGAGAGGUGUGCGGAUGUCCUGUUGCGGCUUAGUGAAAACGUUUCUCGUCUCAGUGGGACGACGUCAGGCUUAGAAACGUGGCAGAGGUCUGGUGAGCUGUGUCUCGCCAGGUAUACUGACAGCCACUGGUACCGGGGGGUCCUUACAAAAACAAAACCCACCAAGGAAGUCUUUUUUGUGGAUUUUGGGAACACGGAGACCAUUGAAGAAGAUCAUCUGCUUCCUAUACCGGGUGAUGCUCAUGAUAUCUUGCUUUUGCCAAUGCAGGCCGUAAAGUGUUCCUUAGCUGACGUACCUGACGUUCCCCAGGAAGCUACAGCGUGGUUUAAGGAAGCGGUCCUUGAAAGGCAAUUAAAAGCAAUUGUUGUAGCAAAAGAAUCUGGUGGUAAACUGUUGAUUGAGCUGUUUGAUGGUAAUGUACAAAUCAAUGCAAAAUUGAAGGAGGAGUUCAGAUUAAAAAGCAAUGCAGAAGCAUGUAGGUGUGUAAGGAGUGCAGCUUUGUACUCUAGUGCGGAUAUGGAAAAGAGGAAUGGGGCUACACAGUCUCCUCCAAAUACAGGAGAAAGUAAAAACUGCAGAUCUGAAGCCCAGGGAGGAGAGAGGAGUAGCAAAAUGCACGUCAAAGAAAGAGAUGUAACCCUUCUCCAGCCUGCUGCAAAGAGAGAACGGGCUGCUGAGUUACUGGCAUCUGAGUGGAAGGUCAGCAGUACGAAAGAUGCUCUGUUAAAUGAAGUGGAGGGAAUGCAGUCUCUGCGCUCUGCAGAGAUGGAUGCAAAGUCAGAUAAUGAAUGUGAUACUGAAGGCAGUUGUGUGCUGCUGAAGUGUGUAACUGAUCUGCCACAACAGAGUGUGGUGCCAGCUCUCUCAGUGUCAGCGUAUGUCUCCUAUGUAAAUAAUCCUUUAGAUUUUUAUGUUCAACUGGCAAGUGAUGAGGCUCAACUUCACAGCAUUUCAGAACGCUUAAAGGAUGAGAUGCCAACAAAGAUCCCCUGCGGGCAGCUCUUGCAAGCUGGGGACUUAAUCUGUGCUCUGUAUUCAGACGACAGCCUGUGGUACAGAGCUGUAGUAAAAGAGAAGGCAUCUGACCAUUUGAUUAGCAUACGAUAUAUUGAUUAUGGUAAUACUUCAGUAGUUGAUGUUGAUCAAGUACGCAGGCUCCCUGAAGACCUAGAAUCUAUUCCAGCAAUAGGCAUUCAUUGCUUCCUCGGUGGGCUUAAAAGCGAAAAGAGUACAGACUGGGCAGAGAAAGCAGCUCUUUGCUUCACGGAGAGGGUAAGUGAGGCUCUGCUAACGUGUGAGUUUGUGGAGGAGGUUGAUGGUAAGUGGGGAGUUAUUCUCAGUGAUGAUCAAGGUGAAAUAACAGUGGAUUUAGUUGAUGAAAGAUCUUAUUCAACUGGAACGCUUGACAGAAGUGAUGCGGUAAAUACGUGUGAGCCUUCGUCUCCUCGGGCACAAAAUGAAGCUUCCUGUGACUGUACAUCACUUACCUGGAAGUUCCCCGAGGCAGGCCAGACUGUAAAUGUUUAUAUCACGGUGGUAAAUGGUCCAGACUAUUUUUGGAGUUGCAGUGCUGAUGAAAAAAACAUGACCUACAUAGAGGAAAAAAUAAAGGAAGCUGAAAACCUUGGACUAAACUCUAUAGACAGUUGCAUUAAAAGUGGUGAUAUUUGCCUAGCAAAGUACAGCGAAGAUGGGAAGCUCUACAGAGCUAAGGUCAGCAGCGUAAAGGGCAACGAGGCAGCUGUUAUCCAUGUGGACUAUGGAAGUGAGGAGACUGUUAGCUUGGAGAUGCUCAAACCAAUUCCGUGUGAGUUGCUUCAGGUGCCUAAUCAAGCAUUUGCUUGCUGUCUGUCAGGUUUCAGUCCCUCAGAGGGCUCAUGGCUCAGUGAAGCCAAAGACAAGUUUUAUGAUAUGACUGUAGAGCUCCUACUAGAAGCUGAAGUUCUGGGAACUCAGGAGAAUAAAGCUUUUGAAGUCCCUCUGUGUGCUGUCAAACUGGAGUCUCCUGGGAGGAAUAUUAAUGAAGAGAUGAAAUCUUUUUGGAAGGCUGAUAUGGGAAGUGGUCACAAAGCUAUUGCAGACUCUGAGGGUCCCUUAGAGGGAAACAGAAGUUCAAGCAGUGAUGUGGGUCUUUGUAUCAAAAAAGAAUCUGCUACUUGUGGAUUAGCUCAAGAAGAAAGUGAAAGUGCCUUGCUUUGUUUCCAGUGCUCCUUGGGUGGACCUUGUGGGUGUUCAGGUGGGCCUGAAGCAAACCUGUCUGCUGAGUCUGGGGAGGUGGCUGGUGGAUGUGAAACAGCUGAGCAUCGAAGCAGCUUUGAUAAAGAGAUUGCUCCACUGGAAGAUGAGAGCAAAGUAUUAUUAGAGCCAGGAGGAAGCUGCAGUCUUCACAGUUUGGGGGGUGGAAUGAAAUCUGCAGUACAAGAGCCAUCUGAAUUACUGUUUCUGCAGGAUGUUGAGGUGAAGGCAGAAGGCAGGGCAGCCAGUCCUUUGCCAGGAAAUGAACAAGAAGAGCUGAUGAGAUGGCUCCAGGUAGAGCCUUCGAUGGGUGAUACAACAGAGGCACUGAUCAAAAUAGAUGAAUUACAAAUGCACUCCUCUUAUGAUGAUUUAAAAGAGUUGAUACUGGAGCUGGAGGAAAUAGCAGCGCUGCCCUCAGUUGCUGGUGAGAUGAAGGAAGCACUGGAAACAGAGGCACUUGGAAUGCAGACUGCUCCAGGCAGUGAAGCAAAAGAGAAAGCGCUGCAAGGGGAAGUACAGGAGCCCCUGCUCCUGUGGGAGGAGAUGGGGCACUCAGCAGUCCUGCAGUCUGAAACCUUGCCUUCACUUAGUGAGGGAGGGAGCUCAAUGCCUCCUGUUAGUGAUGCAGCAAAGACAGUAGAGCUGUUUCCUUCUGAUACUCUGCCUUUGAGGCAGACUGCAGAGGUGCUGGAAUUGAAUUGCUCUGGGGUUCAUAGAGCAGAAGCUGUGCAAGAAGACUGGAUGGAAGUAGAGCCUGUCCUCAUGCUGCCUUCUUCUGACGGUAGGCCUGAGAAACAACCAAAGGUCCUUGAUAUGCUGGCAGUAGUAAGUACUGAGAUUGAUCAGCUUCUGGAUUUGCAAAAGAGAGAUGACUGUUAUGUGAAAGAAUGGAUGCAGCAAGACAUGGACGAGUUGUUUAAAGAAUGUGGAAGCACUCCUAUACAUGUGCAGUCUUCAGACUGUAAACCUGGUGAAGAAACAGGAAAAAAGCAAAGUGAUAACAUGGCUGACUAUAGUGCAGGAUGCAGUGGGUAUACUUGUAAGCUGAAGGGCUUUGCUGUUGGCUCAAAGUGUGUGGUGUGGACAUCUCUGCAGUGGUGCGAGGCUCUCAUUCUGGAGGUAUCUGAGAAGGGCACCAGGGUACUGAAUCUCUGCAGUGGCAGUGAGGAGAUUGUAGAUCCUGAGAACGUCUGGAACAUUAUUCCCAGCUGGGCUGGCAGAUCACCUGAGAGAACUACUCAUGUGACAGAAGACGUGCUGUCCCUGCCUGAGGAAUCCUUACUUCAAGAAGAGCAAAGUGGUUGCAGUUCAGCUAGAUCUGAAGAUUCCCAUGUUCUCCAGCCUUUCUGAAAGAGGACUUAUUACACUUCAUGUGCUAAAUAAGUCUCUGUAUGCACAUCCAUUCCCACCAAAAUGGGUUUUUAGGAAAUAUACAACCAAAGCACUUGGGUGUUCUACGUAACUGAGCACAUGCCUGGUACUGCCACGCUUCCUUGUCAUGAAUGGUGCUUGGUGGGAGACUGGUGCUGUCUGUUGGGCAUGUUAAAACUGUGCUUUAAUCAAACAAUGUGCCUCUUGACAGGCAUCCCUUACUGAAUGCUGGUGUGGCACUUAAUUAUGCCUAGCUGUUAGUGGGUUCUUGAUGAAAAGCUUCCCGUGAGCUGCUGUGGUGAUAUUUGCUGUUGCAUUGUUUUGGUUUUGUUUCUUUAGGUUCAGGAAAAUUCAGAGUAUUUUUGAGGGAAGUUUUUUCCUCUGGAUAGAAAUGAAGUUGUUCAGGGCUGAAGCCUCGCAUUGUGUGUCAUUACAAAGCAAUUAAGAAGCUGGAAUAAAGCUUGUGCUGGCAAAUGCUGUUCAGUGCUUUCUUUUCCAAUGGCCAAAUGCUGUGUGCACACAGGACAUUCAUUCACCCGUACCACAGUCAGAUGCAGCUACGCACUGCCUGCAGUUAAUGGUUCUGCUUUGACCCCCAGGUGAUUCUCUAGAGCACUGUGAGCCAUGCUGAGCGUUUUGAACCACUGCACCCCUGGUACAAAACAGAACUUGUACUCUUAGCACAGCCUUAAUGGUACUAACUAAAGAUGGAGCCUCUCCUCCAAAUGUGAUGAUGCAGCAGAAUGGUUCUGCUGCUGUCCCAUGCAGUGUGCUAAGGUCUGUCUCUUUGGGGGCUGCCACAAUGACUUACAAACACCAGGUUUUGUGUUGUAAUGGUCUUGCUGAGUGUUACAGGAGAUCUCCAGCAUUAGUGCUGGCUCAGUAAGAGAAACACGUGCAUGUUGAUGCUCUUAGUAGAGACAAGACACAGUAGUAGGCUGUAAAGAAUUUAAUUCUGAAAAACAGACUGCAGCUGUCACUGCAAUCUCAGAUCAGACUUGUAAAAAAUAUUUAAUUAGUGUUAACUGCUCUGCCUGCAUCUUGUUUGUACCCUUGUUUUGGAACAAACAGCUUAAUGUCAGCAGUCCCCCUCUGUGAGUCCUUCCUUGUGGCAGCUCCAGGCAGUUUUGUUCUGGAAAGCAGAGCUGCAUUUGGCCAUUCACAGCCCACUGUAUCUGCUGGCACCUGAACAGAGAUGAGUACAGGGAAGGUACUGCAAAUGUGCGAGACAUCACUGCAACCAAACACUGCUCGUGUGCCCCUUUUUACAGGGAGCAAGUAGCAGCAGUGUGCAUCUAUUCCACAGCUUUAUCAGCAGCAAUACCUGUGAUAGUGGUGAUACAGGGAUUGAUAGGGAGGCCCUGCAGUAAAAGCUCUGCCUUGGGGGAGCUACACUUGCUCUGAGUGACCUUUUUAGCAGCUUUUGGAAUGGAAGCCACCUGAGACUGUGGCAGCAUGAACACAAAAAGGAG